AUGGGCAGCGCAGUCUCGUCGGUCGGCGACGCCGUCGUCAGCGCAGCCACCUGGGCCACCGCCCCAGCCUCGACCGAUUCGUCCGCUAGCCCACGCCGCACCGACUCGUCGCUCGACCACGCCGACGUCCUCGACGUCCUCGACAUCCUCUCGCAGCGCAUCCCGACCGAGCUUGCCCUCGCCGUCGUCGAAGCCGCCGAGCUGUGGCCGGCGUACGCUCAAGCCUGGACGGGCGACGUCACCGUCUCGGCGGGCCCGCAAGGCCGCAGGACGGCACGCACCUGCGUCGUCUCGCCGCCCUUGCCGCUCAUCGAGGGCGCACCCGAGCAGCUCGUUCGGCGCGUGUCCGUCUGGACCGAUUCCCGGGAUCAAGGCUACUCGUCGUUCCCUCAGCACCACGGGACCCGCGAGGCCUCGUCGUCCUGGUUCGAGCUCGUCCUCCUGCGGCCCGUCCCUCCCCCUGCCUCCCCUUCCACGACCUCUCCCACCGCCUCUCCUCCUCUUCGCGAGCGCUCGCCGCCGCACGACCCGGCCCCAGACGAUCGCGACCUCGUCGUCCUCCUCUCGGGCCUCUCGCUCGCGCCCGUCCUCGCCGUCCGCAUCCACUCGAACCUCCACUCGACCCCGUCCUUCGUCCCCUUCACGACCGUCCUGUCGCGCUGGCCGCCUGCCGCGCCCGGACACGAGUGCGACCCGCCGACGCCGGCGAGCUGCGGCGCCGACGAGGUCGAGAGCGUGCUCGCCGCCGCGAGGGCCGGCGACAGGUUUGCCGUCAGGGCGUGCGCUCAGUACCCGAUGUGGGUCAAUCGGGUGCGAGGCGCGGCGGUCAAGGUCGAGGUGGCGGCGCUGUGA